AUGUCAACUUUGUUUCUUAUUGGAAACGUGGAUAUUACCGGAACUGCAACAGAAUCGAACAAAAAUGAUGAUUUCACCACUAUGUUGUCUGCAUUAGAAGACACGACUACCAACUACGAUAAUUUAUUUCAAAGAAAAUUGAUAUUACCAGAUUUAGAUUCUUUAUUAUGGAGAAUUUAUUCGGAUAGAUUAUUACCUCUACCAAAUAAUUUGAAUUAUGAAACUGGGAUCUCCUUAGUAGUCUAUCAUUCCGAUAAAAUAUUACCGCAAAUGAAUAUACGGCAAAUGAAUCAUUUAUUCAAACAAUAUUUUGCAACAUUGAAUAUAUGUUUUAUAGAUAUUUCAAUUAUGGAUAACUCAACAAAUAAUUAUAUGAAUAUAUUACAUGACAUACAAGAUGAUUUAGCCAUAACUAGGAACCGUGUUUUGAAAAUGAACCAUUGGAUGAACCAUUCUGCGACGUCAUGCAGUUCAAGUGUUUAUUCCAUGAUGCGUCAAUUCAAUGCUUAUAAUGAUGUUUCCAUAAAGGACCGUGAACCUAUCCCAAGAGUCAUUAGAAACAUAGAUUUCCAACGUUUAUUAACACAACCAGAUGAGUUAAUCCUUGAGAAUGAUGAAGAAAAAAAAUAUUUAGAUUUACUUUCAACUUGGAAUUUUUCAGCAUUAAACCUUAACACUAUAGAAUUGAUUAAAUGUGGAUUUUAUUUGAUUAGAAAGCUUUCAAAACUUGCAAAUGUUCCAAUCACAGAUAACAAACUUUAUUUGUUAUUGAUUACUGUUGAAUUAUCUUACCAUCAGAUAAAUAAAUUUCAUAAUUUUAGACAUUGUAUUGAUGUGAUGCAAGCAUGUUGGCAAAUUUGUGAAUAUAUUAUCCCGGAAAAUCAUAUGACUAAAUUGUUAUUAGCAUUGGCGGCUACGGGUCAUGAUAUUGGUCAUCCAGGUACCAAUAAUUCAUUGUUCAUAAAUUCAAACAAUGAAUUAACUAAAAAUACAUCUAUUUUGGAAUCAUUCCAUUAUAAUAUAUUUAACCAUAUCUUAGGAAAUCAUUGGUCCAAGAUUAAUUCUAUUACUACUGCAGGAUCUACCAAUAAUCUAAUAGAAAAGGGGAUUCUAGCGACAGAUAUGAGUCUUCAUUCAAGUUAUGUAGAGAUAUUAACACAAAAGAAGGAUAAAUCGGAAUUUACAAUGACAGAAUUGAUCUCAAUAAUUGUUAAAGCAGCAGAUAUCUCAAAUGUUACAAGACCGUUAAAUAUUAGCGCUAAAUGGGCUCUCUUAAUCACUUUAGAAUUUGGUGAUUGUGCGCUUUUGCAAAAUUUUUAUAAAGGUGAAAAUAAUCCAAAUAAUGAUGUCAAUUGUUUUGAACUUUUAAAGACUCACCCUUGUAAAGAACAUUUAACUAAAGCGGAUAAUAUCGAUAUGGAUACAGAGAUUGAAAUAUAUGAACUUUUGCAUCAAAUGAAUUUUGAUAUAGAUAAUUUAUUAAAAAAGUAUCCAAUGAUCCCAAAUGGUCAAAUAUUUUUCAUUGAUACAUUCGCAUACAAAUUUUUCAAUAAAUUAUCUGAAGUAUUUCCAAAUUUAAAAUUUUUAGUUGAUACAAUAGUAGAAAAUAAGAAUUAUUGGGUUCAAAAGAAAGAAGAACAAAAAUAA